AUGGCAACGAUUGCAACAAACCUCCCAGCAUCCACUGCGGAAAUUCAAAAUACGAGAAGUAUUGUCACCACAAAACAUAAACGAUGGCAAGUUAUAAAAAUCUGUGUUAUUGCCGUUCUAACUGUCUUAUCUAUUUGCUUCCUUAUUUCUGAUGUUGUUUCCACAGCGAAAGAUUUAAAAAGGCAACAAGAAUUGAAAGAGUACAUCCAAACUAGUCUCAAGGUGGUCUCCGUCAUAAUUUCUCUUCAAGAUGAAAGAAGCACCUCUACAUCUCAUUGCAUGGCUUUAUUAUCCAGAAAUAUGACCGGACAAAACCAAUUAAAGCUACAAAACGUCACUACUGUUACGGAUAUGAGAAUUGAAGAGUUACGGCACAAAUGGAAGUUUACCUUCGCGGGAAUGAAUGGAACAGUUAUUCGAGAUUUUGCAUCUUUCAUGAAGGCAAUUAAUCGUUUAAGAUCUCAGUUAAGGAAUGAAACUGAACAAGGUCAGAUCCAGCAGUUCUUCAAAGUCUACACAUCUUGGAUACACGUGUUUAUAUCAUGGCUAGUCAAUAACUCUCAAAGCCUUGAUGAUGCAAAUGACCUGGCUGCGUAUGAAAUGAUUGUUAAAAGCAGAGAGGAAUUUGAAAUAGAAAAGGCGUUCGGAGUGUAUUAUUAUUAUGUAGGAUAUUCAUUCUCUCAAAAGAAUUCGCAGAAAAGAGUCCGCGGUGAAACAUUUGUGCCCUUUCAGAAUAUCUCCCAGAGAAGAAUCUGCGGUAAAGCAUUUUUGAACUUUACAAAUAUUUCCCAAGAAAGAGUCCACAAUUUAACAUUUUUGUCUUUCAAAAUAUUUCCCAGAGAAGAGUCCGCGGUGAAGCAUUUUUGGAAACUGCCCGACUCCUUUCCCCGAUGGUGA